GAGGCUGAUAACAUGGCUCAUAGCGCUGCAGCAUGUGCUGAGAGGGCAACCAGUGAUAUGCUGAUCGGUCCAGAUUGGGCUCUAAACAUUGAGCUAUGUGACAUCAUAAACAUGGAUCCAGGGCCAAAUUUGUGACCCUAUCCACCUUUGACUAGUAUAAUAUAACAUUAGAAGAGAUUGUGAUGCACUUUUGUGUGACACUUAAGUGUAAUUCAGUUGUUCCUCAAAAAGGAAAGAGGUUAAGUUUCGAAGGAGAUUGCUUGGUUAACUUGAUUUGAUCUGCGAUUUAUGUAGAUAAGAGUUGGGCUUUCCAAAUUCGGUCAAAAAAGUAGCUUGGCUCUAUCAUCAAUGUCGAGUUGUCACAACUUUAUUUUUCCUAGAGAGUGUCAAAGGGAGAGAUUGUGGAAGGCAGGCUAAAGAUGCGAUGAAAAUCCUCAAGAAGCGGCUAGGCAGUAAAAAUCCAAAAAUACAGCUACUAGCUCUUUUUGUAUUGGAUUCUCUCAGCAAAAAUUGUGGCGAGCAUGUUUUUCAGCAGAUUGUUGAACGUGAUAUCUUGCGUGAAAUGGUUAAAAUUGUAAAGAAAAAGCCUGACUUGAAUGUUAGGGAAAAGAUACUUAUUUUGAUAGACGCAUGGCAAGAAGCCUUUGGAGGAUCUAGUGGGAAGUAUACUCUAUAUUUUGCUGCAUAUAGUGAACUACGGGCUGCCGGAGUUGAAUUUCCUCCCCGAGGAGAGAAUACUGUACCAUUAUUUACUCCACCUCAGACUCAUCCGAUAACUCAUCAUCCUGCUUCAGCAUAUGAGGAUGCUGCUAUUGAGGCCUCUCUUCAACCUGAUGCUUCGGGCCUCAGCUUGCCAGAGAUCCAAAAUGCUAGUGGACUAGCAGAUGUACUAAUGGAAAUGCUUAGUGCAUUGGAUCCAAAGACUCCUGAGGCUGUGAAGCAAGAAGUCAUUGUUGACCUAGUUGAUCAAUGCCGUUCUUACCAGAAGCGUGUGAUGCUUCUUGUUAAUAAUACCACAGAGGAGGAACUUCUAUGUCAGGGAUUAGCACUAAAUGACAGCUUGCAGCGUGUUCUUUCCCGGCAUGAUGACAUUCUGAAAGGAAAUACUGUUCCCACAGGAGCGGUAGCAGAAAGUCCUGUUGUGCCUCUUGUUAAUAUAAACCAUGAGGAUGACGAGUCAGAAGAUGAAUUUGCUCAGCUAUCUCAUAGAUCAUCAAGGGAUAAUUCUCAAGGACAGGGCAGGAGAGUACCUAAAAGUGAGCCUGGGCGAGUUGAUUCAUUUCUUCCUCCACCCGCAUCUAAAAGUCUGGUUGCUACAAAUGCUGGUGUGGUUGAUUAUCUUAGUGGCGAUACCUACAAAACUGAGAAUUCCCCCGGAACAAGAGAACCUGCACCUCAUUCAGUUCGCACUCGUAACCGCACGAACCCUCUAGCUCCAUCACCACCUCCAUAUCAUUCUGGAGAUUCCGGUCCCUCACCACUGUUCAGCGGUCAGCCUGUAUAUGACAAACCAGCUUCCUUGAGCAAAUCUGCUGAUGCUGAGUUGUUGCCUCCAGCACCAUGGGACACUCCUGCAGGAAACAUUUCGCCCCCACCUUCAAAGUUUAAUCAGAGACAGCAAUUCCUUGAGCACCAACACGGUUAUCCUGGUGGUUCUUCUAAUUCCAAUAAUGGAUCCGGUGCUUCUUAUGACACCUUGGUUGGACAAACUCAAAAUCUCUCCCUUAAUUCGGAGGCCCCAGCCAAAGAAGUAAAACCAGAAGACGUUCUGUUCAAAGACCUGGUUGAUUUUGCCAAAGCCAAGUCGUCUUCAUCAUCGAAGCCCAACAAUAACAGGUCAUUUUGAUAUCUCCAGUUGGAUAGUACAGCUCGUCAACAGUUAUUAGAUCAUCGGUUUUUGUACUAGAUUAAUGAGGCUUCAUGUUAUUAAAUAAACAUGCAUUUUUAUACAUAGCUUAUUGGUUUUG